UAAAAGUAGGCUUUUAGAUCAGUAGGUAGUUCAGAUCCCACUGGUACUGAGCUUCAAAAUGAACCAUGGUAAAGCGGCAUUGUGUCUUCUGCUCGUCCUAUUCGGAUUGAGCAGUGUUAUAUCACAAUCUCAAGUUUGUGUUGGAAAUGUUGGAGUGCAUAGUUUCCCGGACCCAGUUGUCUGCAACGCAUAUAUUGUAUGCGUCGACGAAACGUCAAUUCCCAUGACUUGCAACGAGGGACUCAUAUUUGAUUUGAACAUCUUGAAAUGUAACUAUCCUGACAUAUCCGUUUGUCUACCGAACCUUAGUGCAUCUACAACAACUACACAAUCAACACCAACUGUGGUCCCAACUCCGUCAACUCUAGCGCCAACUCGUCCAGGCGAAGAACCGAUCUGUCCCGAUCGAGGACUUUAUUUCUAUCCGCACAUAAGCGAUUGUCAGCGAUAUUAUAAAUGCUUUUAUGGAAAACUGUACGUGCUGUCAUGUCCUUUCUCGCUGUUCUGGAACCAGGACAUUCAGUUUUGUGAUUUCAAGUGGAAUGUUGCGUGCAGGAAUAAUUAGAUAAUUGUAACGGGAAAAUAUACUGGACAUUAUGUCGUAGUGCGUAUUGUGAUGUUAUCGGAUACAGAACAAAAUAAAAUACUAUUUGCAAAUUAUGUUUUAAUAAAUUGCUUGCAAUGAAGGCAAUUCACUCGGCCUAAUUAA